CAUCAUACCGCUCGGGCCGCACAUAACCGGCUGAUUAUCCACCUAAGACCCUUCCAAGAGCGCAAAAAAUGGCCAAGUAUUUCAUCUUCGUCGUAACGACAUUUCUCAUCGUUGUAUCAGCUGUCCAGGCGCAAGCAGCCCAAAGUGGAUGCAACUGUGCAGUCUUCCCGAUGAACAGCCAAACCCCGAUAAUCGAGCAAUCGCUGCAGUACAACGUGAGCUGUGACGAGGAAGGGGCUGAAAUCUGUUCUCAACUCUGCGUCGCUCUGGCUCAAGGUGCGAAGGACAAGGCACCGGCAAUGAUUUGUGAGAAGUUUGAUUCCCGUGCGAGCAGCAUCACACCUGCCGUUUUCGCGAGAUCCUGCGGGAGCAAAGACGAGUGGAAGUUCACCGGGCUGAAGAGCCCGGAACCGAUUUGCUGUCGUGAUGGCAAGGAGUCAGCGUGCGGGGACUCGGAUACUCCAAUCUAGUGACAAAUCUAUCGCAUCGUGCAAUGCCCACUUUUAUAGUAGCUUAGAGCGCAUCUGCUUAUAACACAUGUAUCGUUAAAACAAAAAUAAACUUUAUUAAUGCACAUUA